CCCCGAUCGAUCUCUAUAAAUAGCCAUACUCACACCCUUGUUCCUUCCCAUCCAAGUCCUUAACACAAACAUUAGCGUUAUGGGCACCACGACUACUACAACUAAAGUUGUUGGUGUUGCACUCCUAGUUCUCUUUAGUGUAAUCAUAUGUAAUGCCACUAGAGCUCUCCUCACUUUUGAGCCAUUCCCAUAUGGCGCCGGCCACGGCAUUGGUGGCGGCUCGGGCUACGGUGGUGGUGGUGCUGCUGGAGGCUAUGGUGGCGGCGGAGGUGGAGGCUCCGGUGGCGGCAGCGGCUAUGGAGUUGGGGAGCACUUCAUCCCUGGUAAUGGUGUGAUAGGAGAACAUGGGGUAGGGUUUGGAAGUGGUGGUGGUAGUGGAGGUGGGUACGGAGUUGGUGGAGAUCAUGGCGGUGGCUCUGGUGGUGGUGGAGGUGGCGGCUCUGGUGGCGCUGUCGGUUAUGGUGGUUUAGGUGGGUACGGUUCUGGUGGAGGAAGCGGCAGCGGGGCCGGCUAUGGAGUAGGCGGAGAGCAUGGAAUUGGCUAUGGUGGCGGUGGUGGUGGCGGUAGUGGUGGAGGCGGUGGAUAUGGUGUUGGUGGUGAGCAUGGUGGUGGAUACGGUGGCGGCGGGGGUACUGGUGCAGGCUAUGGUGGCAGUGUAGAGAAUGGUGGUGGGUAUGGUGGUGGCGGUGGCGGUGGCGGUGGCGGUGGCGGUGGCGGUGGGAGUGGUGGUGGUGUGGGAUAUGGCGAGCAUGGUGGAGGGCAUGGUGGUGGCGGUGGUAGCGGAGGUGGUGAGGGUUAUGGGGGCACCGUCGGUGGCGGCUAUGGCGGCGGCAGUGGCGGCGGUAGUGGUGGCGGCGGCGGGUAUGGUGGCGCCG